UUGAUGGAUAGGCGGGGAUGGGUUGGGGAUGCGAUGUGUUUUUAUUGAUCCGGAAAAUGUUUUCCCUCAAAAUUUGAAGGAAUACAUUUUCUCUAGUUUUGAGGAAAACAUUUCCAAGAUGUUUAGUGCAACCAAACAAGGGAAAAUAGGAGAACGUUUUUCCGUCAUACCAAACACACCCUAAAUCCCUGUGAAUUCCUCCUCAAUUUGUGUUUUUCCUUUCAAAAACUGUAAAAGGUCUUUUCUUUUUCUUCCUUUUCUGUUUUCUUAUCUGACCCCCAAGAGUAAGGUCUCUCUUCUGUCUCCCCUUUUGUUGAAUACAGGUGUUUAUGUUUCUCGGCGUGAAUUAUAAUGUUUUAUGGAUUUUCAUUGGUUAUGGCUUUUGAGAGUUAAAUGAAUUAACAUUGUUAGUAUUAUUAGUAAUCGCGUAGUUUCUUUUUCUUCGGUGUUUAUUGCUAUCUGCUGCUUCAUUUGAUCUGUAUCCUGCUUUUUGUUUUCUUAUUUAUUGCAAUCCUGCUUCGAUUUCUUCUUUUCUUUUGAGCUGAGGGUCUAUCGAACUUCUUCUCUACCCCACAAAGCUAAGGGUAAGGUCUGCGUACAUCCUACCCUCCCCAGACCUCACAUUACACUGGGUAUGUUAUUGUUGUUGUUUGAAAAAACAAUUGAGUUAGGGUAUAUUCAUGUAUCAGAUUUAAGGUGUUUGUGUUAAUGUUUCUAAGAGCUACCUUUUGAGUUCAGACUACACUGGAGCUCCAUCAACUAUACCAAAUUGCAACUGAAGCAGUUUUAGUCCAUGGAAAUGCAGAAGAAAAUCAUGGCGAGAGGAGACCGACUCAGUGAUUUGCCCGACUCAAUUCUAAUUCACAUACUCUCUAUGUUGCCUGACGGUGGUAAAGAAGUUGUUAGAACUGGUGUAUUAUCUACAAGAUGGUUGUCUCUUUGGAAAUCCGUUCCGGUAUCACUUGAUUUUGACUUCCCUACUACUGACAGCGAAAACGCCACUCUUGAUUACCUAGCUUCCAUACACAGAGAACUUUAUUAUUGGAAGUCUUCCCACAAAAUCCGGAGAUUUAGUGUAUGGCGCCUUAGUUACAAGGAACGUUAUGCUAAAGAUGUUGAUUUAUGGGUACACUUUGCUACUAAACUUGCUAAUGUUGAGCAUUUUGAACUUGGAUUUCGCUCAGAAAGUCACCCAAAAUAUGAGCUUCCUCAGUUUGCUUAUAAAAAUGUGUUGUUGAGGAAUUUGGCUCUAGGUAACUGUCAGUUAAACCCUACUGGUAGUGUUAAUUGGACUAGUCUCGUUUCUCUUUCAAUUGGUGACGUGGAAUUGACGGAGGGUAUCAUGCAAAAGGUAUUAUCAGGCUGUCCUAACCUGGAGUGCUUGGAACUGGAUGAUGUUUCGGGCAUACAUCAUUUGGAAAUCAGCUCUGUGAAGCUGAGAGAAUUGACCAUACAAGACUACUUCGAUGACCUUUGGCUCGUAGCCCCGAAUAUACAAAAAUUGGAACUUUCGGGGUUCUGCUGUGAGAUACGAAUAAGACAGAGAGAUGUGGUAUCACUUGUUACUGCAAUGCUUCAUUUAUAUUUCGAAAACAACUUGGAGAAGAAACUUAGCUAUUUGAAGGAACUUCUUCAUAGUGUUGCCCAUGUCGAGAAUCUUAAAUUGGGUACCUACUGCAUCGAGUGCCUGUCUAUCUUGGAGUUGAAAGGGUGGCAGUUUCCACCAUCAAGCCGGAAAUUCUUAGAACUUACAGUAGCCUUUGAACAGUUGGACUUCCCUGGAAUUUGCAGCUUUCUACAGAGCUCAUUGGAUCUUGAGACAUUGGUCAUUCACUGGUACGAUAACAGACCAAGAAUAUUGGUGAAAUGUUACAAUGAGGGGGACUUGACUGCCUUACCUUUUCAAAAAUGGUAAGACUUGAACUGGUUUAGUCCUCAAGUAUAGAGAGAUUAAGGAGGUAAGCCUCUAAAUGUGUAAGACUUGAACUGGUUCAGUAUUUGACAAAAGUGUACGAAAUAAGCCUCUAAUGCAUAAGCAAAAAGCGGGUUUCUGUAUUGGAGGACUCCCAUUUGCAAUUUGAAACAAAACUAGCAUAAGUACUUAAUGAGCUUCACAACAAUAUCUUCUAACUUGUGGAAUCUGCUCCCGUGUACAUUGUUUCAUAAGAACUAAAAAAGAGAAAAACCAUGUGAGCGGAAAGAAGGAUCAAACCGGGAAGUUCUUAUUGCAUUAUUGGAGAUAAACUUUGGGUUUCCUUUCGAAGUCAAAAGGAAGGGAGCUUCCACUUGUCAAGGCUUAAUUUCGCUAUAGCUUCUCUUGUUACUGAGUUAAUGCUGAAAAUGUUAUUCUCUGUAUCCAUAGAUGACUGUAUCUAGCUAAAGAAUCACCCAAACCAUUGGCUUCUCCGUAACAGUGUGUCACCUCGACUUAUGAAUCAAUUCUUUUAUCUUUUCAAUAAUAGUGUCAUAUUACCAAGAAGGUUUUGUAACUCGUUUGACAACAUUCACAAUAAGUAAAGAGUCAGCUUCCUCCAAAAUGUUGCUGAUACCAUGUUCAAGAAACCAUUUAAGCCCAUAGGAGAGUACAAACACUUCAGCCGUAUUUUUUGUUCAAAUUCUGCUUUUCUAGUCUCAAAAGUUGAUUAUUUCUCUUUGUUAAAUCUGCUUCCGCUCUGUGCUUAUUAUUCCUUUUUGUUGUAAGACAUUCAGAAGAACUUUUUAGUUCUCUCAAUCUAUUUUCCUUCAUAAAAUAGUUCAGCUUGCAUUGCUUUGACAGGAAUUUCAUGUUGGCCACUAUCAAAAUUGAUUCUAUGAGUAAACUUUUUUGUAGUUGUUGGAAAAAGAUGUUUAACAAGGGAUCGUACUCACCUUCAUGAGGGGAUAAAUGAUCAGAUACUUUGAAACUUUUUUUUUUUUUUUUUUUUUUUGGUUUGCAUGUACCACAUUGUGACAUUUGCUAAGGACUUGAGAUUAUCCUUGAAUUUAAAAUUUCAUCGCCUUUUUAUUUUAUCCACAAUCAAUUCCUUGGCUUCCUACUUCCAUCUAAGGAGAAUAGCCGGUUAAUAUAGCAGAUUCUUU